AGAUAUCAUAUGAAUUUAUGUUACAUUACACAUUCUCUCGAGGGAAACAGAUAAUUUCAUUCAAUGGAACUGGGGGGGGAUUUCUUGUGGCAUCAUUCAAAAUGUAUUUCAGUAGCAAUUUAGAAUAGUUUACCUAUCGGGGCUAUCUCUUCCUUUUCCCCCUUGACACCAUUUCCCACCCACAACCACAACAUAAAUUUGUUAGUACUAACAACAAAUGUAACUGGAAACGCAAAUAUUGAUGUUUUUUUUCAUUCAUUUACUCAGAUUGAAGAUUGUUUUAAUGGCUUCAACUUUUUGCCUCAUAUUAAAUUAAAUUCACUGAAUGCUGUAGCAGGUGACAACUUGAUUUCAGCAUAACUUCCCUUGCUACAACUGACUACGUUAGAAAUUAUAAUUGCAGAAACGUACUACCAAAAUUUGUCUCUGGUAAAAGAUAGGCUACCCAGCACCAUAGAGUACAAAGCAUUUAUGGUGAACAUGUUAAACAAGAGAGAGCCACAAAAUGUUGUCUUACCUCAAUCUUGAUCCAUAACGGAAACUUGAAAGAGUACUGGUGAUUGUAUUGUCAAUCAGGCAUUUACUGCCCAGUAAUCAAGUUAUGACACAUGUAUGGCUAUGGUCUAUGGAGACUUAAUCAUUGAGUAUGAACAAUCCAACAAAGGAUUUUUAAGAUUUUGGACUUGCAAUUUCAAUUAUUGAAUAUGGAUAAAGCAGAUUUCCCUUAUUUCAUUUUUACUCUGUCUCCUUAUCUGCUUCACUUUGAGUUUGGAAUGAUUGUUUUGGACACUAAUAACUUGUAGUUAUUUGGUUUUAUUAUUUCUUCGUGUUUUCUUCAAAUUAAAAUUGCCGACGCAGUACUCGAGCUUUUCCUAUUUAACAUACAACCUAAUGCUCAGAUUAUGAGUUGGAUCAUGUUGUGUAUAAAAUUAAUAUGCUGGCCAUGACUCUAUGGCUGCUAUAACACUGAAUAUUGUUAUAGUUAAAUACGCUGUUGAAUAGUGUGACAUCUCAAUGGGGACAGUGACUUUCCUAUUAUACAAUACUUAUCCGUCUAUUAUAGCUAUACUUUAUUCUGUAUGGACUCAUGAGUAAUAAGAUUUUGUGAGCCGCAGUAUGUACCUAUGAAAUAUAUAUAAAUUUCAUAACCUGGGUUGUAGUGCCACAACUCCUGUGGUGAUAUGAACAUACUCUUUGGAAACAUACUCUUUACUUCUGCAUCCAAGUUUCCUCUACUGUUGUCUUGACUUUGAUUGUGCAUUCCCUGUUUACUGAAUUUCUCAGGCAUCAAAGCUCUCAACAAGACCCAUUUUUCAGCCCCUUCUCAUGUCUCCAGUGUUGAAGAUAGAAUUUCUUUUGUCACUGUUUUCACAAUUUAUAACACCUCACUUGAAACUAAUGUGGAUGGUAGAGCAUCAAACUUGGUUACCAUUGGAAAUGCUUCUUAUAGUAAGACAGAAAGGUCAAUGGCCAUAUUGGAUGUGUUCAUUAACUUCAUUCAAGUGACAAUGGCCCCAAGUGAUGUAAUCAUUCUAACUGAUCCUGCUUCAGAUCUCUCAGUGCACAGAAAAGGGAUCACCAUAUAUCCAAUAGAGGGUGAAUAUUCUCGAGACAAGUUGAUGCUUCAAAGAAUCAGGUCUUACAUUACAUUUCUUGAAAGAAAGCUUCAGGAGCAUUCUCAGGGGCAGAGGCUUAUAAAUCAUUACAUCUUCACUGACUCAGAUAUAGCUGUGGUUGAUGACUUGGGUCAUAUAUUUCAAAACCACCAAAACUUUCAUCUGGCACUAACUUUCAGGAAUCACAAGGAUCAACCUCUGAAUUCUGGAUUUAUAGCUGUCAGAGGCACCCCUGAUGGGAUUUUAAGGGCAAAGGUAUUUCUUCAGGAAAUAUUAAGCAUAUACAGUUCCAAAUACAUGAAUGCUUCCAGAAUGCUUGGUGAUCAGUUAGCUCUUGCUUGGGUUGUAAAGUCUCACCCUUCUUUUGAUACAAGGAGAUUCACCAAAGCACAGGCCUUUGUUGAGGAAAUCGGCGGUGCUUCAGUUCUAUUUUUACCUUGUGCUACAUUCAAUUGGACUCCACCUGAGGGUGCAGGCCAAUUUCACGGCAUGCCCUUGGAUGUUAAGGUUGUUCAUUUUAAGGGUUCAAGGAAACGCCUAAUGCUCGAGUCUUGGAACUUCUUAAGCUCAUCUUCUGACAUUUCAGAUAUGUUGUGUCUCGUCCUGGCAAGUGGAAGAACAAAAUAUGACUUUUGAAUAGAUAUCAUAUGAAUUUAUGUUACAUUACACAUUCUCUCGAGGGAACCAGAUAAUUUCUUUCAAUGGAACUGGGUGGGGAUUUCUUGUGGCAUCAUUCAAAAUGUAUUUCAGUAGCAAUUUAGAAUAGUUUACCUACUGGGGCUAUCUCUACCUUUUCCCCCUUGACACCAUUUCCCACUCACAACCACAACAUAAAUUUGUUAGUACUAACAACAAAUGUAACUGGAAACGCAAAUAUAGAUGUUUUUUUUUUUCAUUCA